UUGACUGCUUUCAUUUUCCUUCUUUUUUUUCCUUCAACGCGUUGUGGGAAUUGGGACGGAUCUGAUUACCUUUCGUUCUCCCAUGUAUUUGCCCCGACAAUCGUGAUUUUGUUUUGUUCUGUAUCUCAGAUCUGAUCCGCUUGCUUCCCGGCUUACACCACUCGCAGGCUUCCAACCGAACCGUGGACAUGCCUCACCACGCUCCGUCGACAUGCCUCAGCAACAAACCGCACGACAACCGUGUCUCAGAUGCCGCCGUUCAUUUUAAUGGCUGCUUGCCUGCCGCGAGGUUGGGGCGCUUCUACGACAGCCUCAACCCAGAAAGCCAGCAGCGGAUCGCGCGAAUCAACGAAAAAGUCGCCAGCCUCCGCGUCCGUCUCGAGACAACGGAACGUGACUCCACGGCUGGUGCUCGCCUCAGAGAAUGCAAGCACGCCAUGGCUCAAUGGCGCGCUGCCACUGGCCGCUCGUCCCAGCCGCACGCCGCGGCGUCCAAAUCUGGUCCGGCUUCACGAUCACAAACUCCGGCAACCCCUGCGUUUGGUGGAGCCACCCACCCGGCCGACAUACACACCAAAGCGUCUGUCAUGUAUUUCAAGAACGGGCAACCAUGUGAUGUGCCUGACCUCGCAAAAAGCUUCCCACACCAGAAGAUUCCCAUGGCGGAUUUGCUAUGCGAAGACGAGACGAGAAACCCAAUCAUGAAGCCGGCCGAGGACAACGUCGUCCGUUAUUUUCAUCUUCCCGCCAACAACAUGGCUUGGGUGGAAGAGGUCAUAGCCCGUUACUACCGUGAGAAGCGACCGGAACCGGGGGGUCUUUUCCACAACGGCGGAUCUCGGGGUCCCGAAUCAAAAACCGAGAUGGUCCUUCAGCCCGGAUACUGGAGGGGUCAACAAAACUUCGACGCGAAUUCCGAAGUCCACGCUAGGCAUAUGAGGCCUUUCUGCUCGGGCAUCUCACUUGACUCAGUCAGCUCCGAACCAAACCCUAGAAACAUGGUGUUAUUCAUGCCGUAUCUGCACUGGGAAACGGACCGGGGACGGGUGCGGUCUGCCGAGAUCACCAAAGAAGCGGGCAAGCACAAUUUGAGCUCCAUCGCCGAUGUGAUCAAAGAGGCGAAACAUCAGUUAUCUCACACUCAGACGGGAGACACAAUUGCUGCCCCUGAAUGGGCACCGCAACCAUCCCCUCCUGCAUUUGGAAACGUGGACAAGAAGGUGGCUCUCGGCCAGGCCCUCCGUGCCGCUGCUGCGUUGCUCGAGGCCAUGGAUUCGCAUAUGGAGGAGCAGCUCACGAUGCAGUAUCUGCACGCUGAACCUCCGAUGCAUCCCAGACGGACACUCGAUCAGGCUUAUUAUGGCGCUUUAAGGAGCACCGGCACCAGGGACAGAGAUCAGGUGGUGUACCGAGGGACCACCCCCCAGCCACAUGAUUGUAUCGGAAUGGACGCCUGCCCUCAGUGCAACGAAGACAUUCGAAAGACGCCGCGGAUAUUGAUGGUGGAUCAACUGUGGUUAUGGGUGCUUGAUGAGAAGACUGUUAUCACUAGUUUCCCACGCCGGUGGAGUAGGAACAGACCCGACCCCUCGGCCAUCCACAAGAGCCUACGGAUACGCCUCCGAAAUGCGCGCCACGGUGAGAUAUCAUCGGCGUAUGACCUUGCUCUCGUCAUCGUGGAUGAAACCUCGCGCGUCUUCUUCGACAGAACCAAAAUCAGCACAAAACAGCCCAACCUCGUUGAGCUCUUCAACGCCGCCAUCCGAGAUCUAACAUACAAGCAGACGGCGGCAUUCGACCAAUUCCUCAUUUACACGCACCUGGCCUCUCGUGAUUACAAACGCCAGCGCCAUGUCUCGACGGAUAACUCGUCACAAAAUCACUUGUUGAACAUCAAUCCGGAGGGCGAGCUACUCAAGGAGGUCAAGGAUAUCAUGGAUGAGCUCUACAUCAUGAUGCGCAUCAAGGAGCAGCAGCAGAGCGUAAUGGAGAGCUUUGUCAAGCACAUUCGGCGUGUUAUCACGCCACUUGCCCGCUCACACCGGCCCGCCGUAGCUCCCAUACCCGCUCCAUGGGACGUCGCAGCACUCGAGCUCAACAGCCCCUACACCGAUGACGUAGCCCACUUUCGCGAGGAAGAUCAACGCCAAAGCGCCAAGCGGACCCUCACCAAAGCCGACAUGCUCCUGCAAGACGUGGACGAACGCAUCGAAGAGCUCCGCGCCCUCCUCCAAAACGCCCGAAACACAUCCGUCGCACUCAAAGACCUGCUCACCCUCAAACAGCAACAAGCCGGCGUGAUCGAGGCGCGCGAAGCCGUCAAGCAGGCGCAACUAACCCUCAAACAGGGCCAGUCCAUCAUGAUCUUCACCAUCGUGACCAUCAUCUUCCUCCCGCUCUCCUUCUGCGCCUCCCUCUUCGGCAUGAACGCCGCCGAGCUCAGCACCGACGCCCUCCUCCCGCUCGCCACCGAGCUGCGGCUCAUGUUCCCCAUCUCGGCGGGCAUCAUCCUCGCGUCCUUCCUUUUCGCCUUCUCGAGCGGCGUGUUUGCGAAUAGUGGGGUGGUGCUGGUGCGCAGCGCGGUGAGCUUCGUGUGGAACACGGCCGUGACGUGGGUGGUGGUCAAGACGGGCCUGUACGUGGUGGGGCGGGAGAUGUUGAUUAAAGCGAAUAGGCUGCGGGAGAGGGAGGGGACGGUUACGGGGGCGAUGAAGGCCGAGGUGCUGAGGCGGGAGAAGAAUAUGGAGAGGAUGCGGGCGGCGGGCCAUGUGAAGGCGCUGGCGCGGCAGAGGGGCCCUGGUGCGGGGAGAGGGGGGAGGGGGAGCAGUGAUGGGGAGGGGGCUGGAAUGGUGAUGAGUCCGUUUGGCGAGGGUGCUAUUCCGGGAAGUCCGAGUCCGUUUUUGGGUGGCUCAAGAGAGAGUGUGGUGGAUCAUGAUGUUGAGUUGGGGGAGAGGGUGUCGCGGAAGCCGAGUUCUCAAGUCCAUCUCGUUUCGGGGAGAUGAUAGGAGAGAUGAAAAGAGAAGAAAGGGAUCGGCAAUCAGUCUGGACUACCUAAUAACGUGAAACUUAGCAUCUUCACUCCCAAUGUUCGCUGGGCACCCUUCCCUUUCGCAGUGGCUUGGCGUUUUCCCCCUAUUUUACAGAAUGCCCGUUGGGCCGUUUCCAUGCUUUGGCGGCAGGCAGAGAGCACAGAGAAUGGAACGUGACCAUUACUCCACAGGCCUUCUUACUGGCCGGAGAACUGGGAAUGAUUGGCUUGGGGGCUCGUUCAU